AUGGCGAAUAUGUCUGAGCCGUCGUCGUCUUUGAGCUUCACAUCGUCAUCUCACCUGUCGAACGGCUCAAUUGGUCACAACAACUUGUCCAGCUCGCCUGUCUCUGAAACAGCUCCAAGUCUCGAUGUGCGGAGCUUGACCAAACUUAGCUUCAACUUAGAGUCUCUUUUGACAGAUACCGCUAGUAAUUUUAGUGAUGCUGAAAUAGUUGUUGAGGGGAAACCUGUUGGUGUUCACCGAUGUAUUCUUUCUGUGAGGAGUAAGUUCUUCCAUGAUUUAUUUAAGCGGGAUAAAGGAUCUUCGGAGAAGGAAGGGAAAGGGAAACCCAAGUAUACUAUGGAUGACCUGUUACCUUACGGGAAGAUUGGACAUGAAGCCUUCCUGAUUUUCUUGAGCUACUUGUAUACUGGGAAACUUAAGCCGUUUCCGAUGGAGGUUUCAACCUGUGUCCAUACUGACUGUGCUCAUGAUGCGUGUCGACCUGCAAUUAAUUUUGCUGUGGAGUUGAUGUAUGCCUCGUUCAUCUUUCAAUUACCGGAGCUGGUUUCACUCUUCCAGAGGCGCCUUCAUAACUUUGUUGACAAGGCUCUUGUUGAAGAUGUUAUCCCAAUCCUUGUGGUUGCAUUCCAUUGUCAGUCAACUCAGCUCGUUGAUCAAUGUGUGGACAGAAUAGCACGAUCAGACGUAGAUGACGUCAGCAUUGAAAAGGAGCUGCCCUUUGAGGUGGCUGAGAAUGUUAAACUGAUCCGCCGCAAGCCUGUCUCCGAUGACGAAGAAAGCAUGGAUGUUGAGGAGGACCGCUUGCUUGCAAAGAGAAUCAAAAGAAUACACAAGGCGUUAGACUCGGAUGAUGUGGAACUUGUGAAACUUCUCCUGACAGAAUCUAAUGUGACUUUAGAUGAUGCUUAUGCUCUCCAUUAUGCAGCAGCAUACUGUGACCCCAAGGUUGUCCAGGAGGUGCUUAACCUUCGUCUUGCUGAUGUGAACCUUAGGAAUUCCAGAGGUUACACGGUUCUUCACAUUGCUGCGAUGAGGAGGGAGCCAUCUGUUCUGGUGUCAUUGUUGGAGAAGGGGGCUUCAGCUUCAGAUGCCACAAGAGAUGGGCAAACUGCUGUUAGCAUUUGUAAGAGAUCGACUAGGCCCAAAGAUUAUCAUUCGAAAGCAGAACAGGGUCAGGCGGCAAAUAAGGACAAGCUAUGCAUUGAAGUUCUAGAGAGGGAGAUGAGGAGGACGCCUAUGGGUGUGGAUGGUACGGCAACUCCCCAUACACAUGAUGAGGAUCUUCAAAUGAAGCUGUCCUACCUGGAGAGCAGAGUGGGACUUGCAAAGCUGUUCUUUCCUACUGAAGCAAAGCUAGCAAUGGACAUUGCAAGUGCUGUUACAGCACCCAAGUUUUCUGGUCUUGCUGCAUCAAAAGGUUCCAAUGGGAACCUGAGGGAAGUAGACCUGAACGAGACACCAGCGAUGCAGAAGAAAAGACUUCUUUCCCAGUUGGAAGCGCUAAAGAAAACAGUGGAAACUGGGCGACGCUUCUUCCCCAACUGCUCAGAAGUCCUUGAUAAGUUCAUGGAGGAUCCUGAUGUGGUCUACCUCGACGAGGGUACCCCUGAGGAGCAACGAAUGAAGUGGACCCGUUACGUGGAGCUUAAGGAUGAUGUCCAGAAGGCUUUUACCAAAGACAAGGCCGAGAACCGCAAUGUACUGUCAUCCUCCUCUUCCACAACUUCAGCAAGGGAUGGUGCCAACAAAAGGCUCAGGAAGUUGUGA